UUCUGAAUAAUUCAAAUGCAGUCUCUUCUGUACUACACCAUGAGGCCUCUUCCUGCGAAGUCUAAAUUUAAAGGCAUUGGUAUAAAACAUCUGUCCUUCAAAUUCCCAAGGGCUCUGGCACACAAAUAUUGUAUCUCCACCAUCUAGUUGUUUAUGUACAGCUCUCGUUAUGUCCGCACAUUUACAUACGCACACACGCUUACAUGUGUGAAACGGAUUAAAGAUUUAGCUACAAAUUUAGAUGUGUAAAUUGAAACUUCUGAAAGUUUGUGUUACAUAAUGCAGAAGAGGGCUUUCUGGUAAACCAAAAUAAAGCAACUAGGAGGGUCAUAGAUAUAUAGUUUGUUGACAGAACCCAAAAUAUAUUGGUUAAAUAAUGAAGUCUAAUAUUGGUCAACAUGUUGGUAUUAGAGUGUUUUCAUUCUUUCUUCAGAAAUUAUAACCCUCUAGACCCUUGUAAAGGACUAGAAAUACGAGGUCUGGAUGUUGGGGUGGUCACACUCUGGGACGUGUUUAGGCAAUAAUGGAUUUAUGCACUUAAGAUUUCUGCAUUUAAUGGUACACGUUAUACUUCAACAGAAGUUUUUGAAAAAUAUGUUUCUGAAUAAAAUGCAAAUACUCAAGGAUCUUGGGAGAGUCAAGUCUGGCGGCCUGUAGGCUUCAAGGAUCCUUUCUCAUGGAUUACUUGGGCUGCAUUGAAGUUCUCCGCUCAAUGAGGUCUCUUGACUUCAGCACAAGAACACAGAUUACCAGGGAAGCCAUCAGCCGUGUGUGUGAAGCUGUCCCUGGCGCCAAAGGAGCCUUCAGGAAGAGAAAGCCUCCCAGCAAAAUGCUGUCCAGCAUCCUGGGCAAGACCAACCUCCAGUUUGCGGGGAUGAGCAUCUCGCUGACCGUAUCGACCGCCAGCCUGAACCUGCGGACGCCCGACUCCAAACAGAUCAUUGCGAACCACCACAUGCAGUCCAUCUCCUUCGCGUCAGGGGGAGACCCGGACACAACAGACUACGUGGCGUAUGUGGCGAAGGACCCCGUUAAUCGCCGAGCGUGUCACAUUCUGGAGUGCUGCGACGGGCUGGCCCAGGAUGUCAUUGGCUCCAUCGGACAGGCCUUCGAACUCCGCUUUAAGCAAUAUUUGCAGUGUCCUUCCAAGGUGCCUGCAUUCCACGACCGAAUGCAGAGUCUGGAUGAGCCGUGGACUGAAGAGGAGGGGGAUGGCUUGGACCACCCAUACUACAACAACAUCCCGAGCAAGACACCUCCUCCAGGGGGCUUCGCGGAUGUGCGGCUGCAGGCCAGACCCCAUGCCCCCGACACAGCCCAGUUUGCAGGAAAAGAGCAAACUUACUACCAGGGGAGACACUUAGGAGACCCGUUCAGCGAGGACUGGCAGCAAACACCCAUCAGGCAAGGGUCCCUGGAUAUCUACGGCAUGCCGGAGGGGAAAGCGCACACGGCCCCGGGAGAAGCCCCCACGUACGUGAACGCCCAGCAGCUCCCGCCUCAGGCCACGCCGGCGUCGGGCAGCAGCGCAGAGAGCAGCCCGCGGAAGGACCUCUUCGACAUGAAACCUUUUGAAGACGCUCUCAGGAACCAGUCCUUGGGGCCUGUGCUGAGCAAAGCGGCCUCCGUGGAGUGCAUCAGCCCCGUCACCCCCAGAGCCCCAGACGCCAAGAUGCUGGAGGAGCUGGAAGGGGAGCCUUGGUACCGAGGGGAGACGAGCCGGAAGGAGGCCGAAGGGCUGCUGAAGAAUGAUGGGGACUUCCUGGUCCGGAAGAGCGCCACCAACCCCGGCUCCUUCGUCCUCACAGGAAUGCACAAUGGCCAGGCCAAGCACCUGCUGCUCGUGGACCCGGAAGGCACGAUCCGGACAAAGGACAAGGUCUUCGACAGCAUCAGCCACCUCAUCAACCACCACCUGGAGAACAGCCUGCCCAUCGUCUCCGCAGGAAGCGAGCUCUGCCUCCAGCAGCCGGUGGAGAAGGCUCCAUGACCGGCCAGCCACCCUGUCCUGACCCCACACCGAUGGUCAGGAGUCCUGGCUCUUCCCGGAAGAUGGAUAUGAAGGCUCUGGAAACUCAGGCUGCUGCCCGCGGGCUCAGAGCCUCAUCCAAAUGCCCCAGGAGGAAAGUGUCCGUCAAGUGCAAGUUUCAUAAACUUGUUCUGAUUUUCUCGUGUGCAUAUUAAAGGUGUACAUACCUAUACACUGUACAAAUUACCCCUCUAUAUUUAUAUUUUUUAAGACUAAGAGAGAUGUAAGACUAACGUUCUGUGCUGUAUGUUUUUAAUGGGAAAAAAAUGUUUGACUGUAGUUGUCUGGGCAAAAAUUUAAUUCAACUGACCCAUUCUACUGAAAAAUUCCACUAGGAAGGUGUUGCCUGCAGCUUUAUCUGAGGGGAGAGAAGCAGGCAGGAGGGCUGGGGGUCAACGUGGAGCUGUAGCGGAAGAAGGCAGGCGGCUCCCCAGAGCAGCUGAGCUCUGCACAGAACCCUCCGCGAACGGCCGCUCCUGGUGUCCCUUCCUCCGUGCCCCCAGCUGUCGGCCUCACACCUGUGCGGUCGCAGUGCUGAUGGCUGGUGCCGCUGGGCUAAGGAGAGGGGUGGGGGGUGUCCCAGCUUUUCCGGGCGGUGGCAGUGCUGGGCACAGGAAUGCUGUCCGUCUUGACCAGUGUUGUCCAGGGGUCUGUUUGACGGCCAGAUAGGGGUAGAAAGCGAGCCUCAGUGACCAAGAUCUUGACUGGCACGUGCUUCCCAUAUGGUCAUCUGCGUAACGACAAACCAGCAUGUGCGGAGGGCUGGGGGCGAAGUCUUGGUUUCCGCGUCCUUGCAACCCGCAUGCCGACCGCAGCUGCCGGGGUGGCCGCUAGGAGACAGCACGCCACCCCCGCUACGCGCUGCGCCCGGGGCAGACGCCAACGCGUGCUCAGCCCUGAGACUCUGCACGGCUGCUGCUCCCGCUUCACCUUCGUCUCGGGCUGCGGACUUGGGAGUUUGGGGGAUCGGAUUGAGGUUUUGCUGCUCAAGUGGCUGGUGGGUAGUGCCGCUGGCUGUCUCUGCCACAGGUUUUCCAGUUGCUCCCUGGAACGGGCCUAUGAUUUCUUCCCAGGUCAUUUGGGGCCCACAGGGGGGACAGUGUUUCUAGUUUUAAAAAAAAAACACCUGGUUGAGGUUAACCUGCGAUUUAACAGAUGCCGUCUUUUAAAAGCCGAAGGGCUCACCUGUCGGUUGGCAGCCUGUCUCUGGUGCCACAAGCUCCUAUCCCCUGCGGUCCCACAGCCCGCGGGGGCCCUGGGUCAGGGCUGCGGGACUUGCCGCACACUAAUAGUGGGGCAGGAAUAAAUUUGAUGCUUCAAGAAUGAGGAGUUAAGGCUGGAUUUUAAACGUUCUGACGAGUAGUAAUUCUGCAAAGUUCUAUUUCUGAAGGAGCCUCAUUUCUGUUCUCAGGGUGUGGGUGUGUGUCCAGCAUGGAAGGUGGGGUGCAGCACGUGGGUGACAUCGGGCAGGUCCGAAGAUUUGUGUGGAGGCUUCUUAGGAGUGUUUGUCCUUUGAGUGUCCAAGGAGUCCCAGAAGACAGUGGCUUCGAUCUCCUAGAAUGUUCUGCCAUGGGUUAGAACUAAUGUAGGGCCACCCACCCCUCCUGGAGCAACUCUGGUUUCAGUCGCAUGAGGAGACCCACUCCACGUUACCCAGAAGCAAUGGGAGCUGAACAGGUCUCGGCAGCAGCUGGUUGGGGGCAGCUGUGGGACCCCCUCGUGUCGCGUCCCCUGGAGGCCUGCAGCCCUGCAGAUGUACAUAGAGGUCCCAGCCCUGUGUGCGAAUGUCCACACAUAUGAUAAACGGAUGAAAUGACUUCUCUGGAUGGCCUGCGGGGCCUGCUGAGUAAUCUUAAGGGCUGGCCCCAAAUUCUAAUAUUUAAGGGCAAAGUAGGAAAGGCUGGUUAGGGACCCGGAGACCCUGCACAGCUGACCUGUGUUUUUUGCGCUCCUGGGGAUGUGAGAUAUGAUCAUCAGUACGGUUUAGAGCUCUCUGCUGUGCAGUCAGUGAUUCGCUUAGCUGUGAUAAGCAACAUAUAUCCUGUCUUUUUGCAUGAGAAUCGAUUUAGAAAAUUAGAAAUAUUGGAGGCGAUCAAAUUUUGUUUCAAUAUUAAUUCAAAAUAUGUAUUUUGAAGUUCGGAUUCCAGGAUUGCUUACAACACAACAGGCCAGUGGAGAUCUGGGCUUCUCUGUACUGCCAGAGCGCCAGCGGACGGCUGCUGUUCUCUCCUGGUCAUCCCGCCCCUGUGUGAGGCGGGGUGGGGCCCCACAGGUCACCACGGCUCCCCUUCAAGGCUGUGAAAUGGGCAUGAUAGGGAGCCCCACUCACGGGGGAGAAACUGAGGCACGGGGGCGCCUCACGCUGCUCUAAGCCAUGCAGUGGGCAGGCACAGAGCUGUGCUCCUUCUACGUUUCUGGGCUCUGCUGCGCCUGGAGAUCAGGAUUCGCAGGCAAAGACGGCCAGGUGCCCCUCGUCCGGCCCCGGACCACACCUCUGCCAGGCAAGGCUGUGUGUUCCUGGACCCCCGAGUCCCCGGAUACAUUUGCUGCUCAGUGUGCCCAGCCCCCCAGAGCCCAAGGGGCACUGGACAUGCUGCUUCUCAGCCCAGGCCACUGGCAUGCACGGCAGGUCCCACAGGCCCACGACAGCCAUGCCACCCACCGCCCCCCCCACCCACACCACUGCGUGUGAACGAGUGGGACUUUCAUCGGUGGUUUCGGUGAGCCCUGGUGCUGGGGGCCCCGAACCGCCCCAUGGACUGUCUGACGGCCAACCAUUCAGACAUUUCCAGCCCCGACUCUGUGUGGACUCUGCCACUCCCGGGUUCUCGGCUCGAGAGGCCAAAGGGCCCAGCAGCCACGUCACUGUGACACACGUUCACCGUUGGACACUGUCUCAGGUGUUGGGGCGGAUGGGCAGACGGAGACCAAGGUCCAGGGAUGGAGGCUGUGUCCGAUGCCUCCUUCCCAUAUGUGGCUCCUUCCCAUAAGUGACCCUCAGAGACGAAGGUUCUAGUCCUCCCUUCCCUGAGUCAGUCCCCUGGUGAAACCAAUUCCCACAGAUCACAGGCCUCCCCAGAGCGGCACGGCCUCACGUUUGUUGCUGGGUGUCUCCGAGCGCCACCCGCCCGCACCCCUCCCGCGAGAUGGAGCAGGGUGCCCGUGAAUCUACGGAUACCGGAAGGACAGUUGCUCCUCACGCAGGUGCGAUGGGCUCCCUCGCUGGGGUCCCACACCGGCGGGUCACCCGCGCCUUUCUGCGGGUGGACUCAGCCCGAUGGGAAGGGGACGGGAAUUGUGGAAAUACUGCGCUUAGGUCAUUGUGUGCCGCAGACAGAUCUCAGUCCCGAGUUUUAGGAUAAUACCUGGCGCUGCAGUCAAACUCAAAACAUUUGUCCUGAGAGAAAUGAAUUGGGAAAACCGCUUAAUGAGAAGGUGUUGCCACCUGGGCAUGCCAGGGCCAUGCAGGGGUGACAAGCAAGAGAGCAGUGUAGGACGUGCCGCUGCACAAGUGCGGGAGCUGGGCCCGGGAGACUGGCUGGAGCGCAGUGACGGUCAGUGGCUGAAUCUCAGACAGAGCACAGGACUUAUUAGGGUCCUUUACCGUUUGGGUAUAAAGCUCAGCCCCUGGUGGGAAGUGGCGCAGAGCUUCUCCCUCCUCCUGGGGUCUGCGUUCAUGCUCGUUCUUUUCACAAAAGGCAUAAAGAUGCGAGUCUUAACGGAUAAGGAAGUGCUUCUGCGGUGCUUCAGAAGCAGACCCCGAGGCGGUCUAACUGUAUGUCGUUUCUCUGGGUGAUGCCCCAGGGAAUCCACCAGGGAAAGGGAGGAAGAGGAAGAGGAGAGGCA